UCCAACACCACGCUGAUUAUCCAUUGUCUUAUGAUUGACUAUGGAUUGUAUUACGCCAUUUUUUAUCCUUGUAAUAUUCGAUCUAAAGAUCAGCGCCACGUGCGUCCCUUUUUCCAGAUAUGGAAAUUUCAGUAUUGGCUCACCUGCUAGGGAUAGAAGCCCACCGCCAGCCCAGUAUUAAAUUUUGAAUAUCCCCGCAAAUUGGGCAGUCAUGUUGGUAUUCGCUCGUUCAUCCGCUGCGACUACCUUGUCAAGGGCCGUGGGCGUCUCAAUUGCACCAAUUGUAUCCGAUAUAGCGAGUACACUGUGCCUGUCGGACUGAUGGUUUGCACGUCCCGUCUCAUCACAAUGCAGGCCGUUCUGGCUGGUAUCAGCUCAAACCUGGCUGAUGCUUUUGCUGCCUCGUCACUUCCUGGGGUUCCAUCCUAUGUAGCUCCGGCUGGUUUUCCGACCAGCGCUUUCUCGUCUUACUAUUAUCUUCCAGCGAAGCCAACUCAAGAACCACAGCCAAUCAUUCAUGAUCCUAUAUUGAAUAUCACAUUUCCGUACAACCUGACGAAUCCUGAUACUAUCCCGAAGGAGAAUAACGACCCCAUCUUCUUCCCGGAGCCGUCUAUGGAUCUAUCGGAGCGUGAACAGCAUGCAUUGAUUGAGGCAGUGGUGGCCAAUGUCACCCAAAUUAUCACCGCAAAUAAUACAAGCAGCAACUGCACCAUCUGCAAGGCAGCUUUGGCCGCGGCAAAGCCGGCUGCUUGGUCUGCGCCAAUACUAGUACCCGAGACUAUGAUAUCUCUGUGUAAAAGGUUCAGGUUCCAGUCGGAUGAUACGUGUGAGGAGAAGUACACUGCGGCUGCUUUUGGGGCCAUCUGGACUCAGGUUCUCGCUUAUGCAGAUGUUCAGGGUCUAGACGGAGACUAUAUCUGCAAUUCCCUGAGCAGCACUUUCUGCAGUCAGCCUCAAACGAGUCCGUUGGAUGUGGCAGAUCUGUUCCCAAAGCCAAAACCGGCAAACCCACGCGUUCCUAGACCUAGUGGUGAGCGAAUCAAGGUCCUGCACUUGUCGGACUUUCACCUGGAUCCGCGCUACUCUGUGAAUUCUGAGGCAAACUGCUCGUCGGGAAUGUGCUGCCGGAGUAACCUCUUCAAUUCCAACUCAGAGGAUCAAGUUAUUCUUCCAGCUUCCGCAUACGGGUCGUACAAAUGCGAUACACCGUAUAACCUUGGCCUUGCCGCCCUGGAAGCUGUUGGUCCUCUGACUGGAACCGACAAAGUCAAGAAUCCAUUGGCUUUCACUUUAUAUACAGGAGAUCUCGUUUCACAUGACAAUCCUGCUACACAAGUUGAUAGGGCCUACACAGAGUAUACAGAAACCAGUAUAUACGGUAUGUUUAAGUCGUAUCUCUCAGGCCCCGUCUUCGCAGCUUUGGGCAACCAUGACACGAGCCCUGAGAACAUUGAAUCCCCCCAUGGUCUUCCAGGGCCAUUGGGUCAGCAGCAAAGUUGGAACUAUGAUCACGUUGCAGGGCUAUGGCGGCAUGAGGGGUGGAUUGACGAAGCUGCUGUCCAGGACGCAAAGCUUCAUUAUGGAGCAUACAGUAUCAAGUCUCAUCAUGGGCUGCGCAUUAUUACCUUCAACACGGAUUUCUGGUACAAGUCUAAUUAUCUGAACUUCAUCAACACGACGAAUCCAGACAAUUCCGGUAUCUUUGCCUGGAUGAUUUCUGAGCUUCAGGAAGCAGAGGACCGUGGUGAGCGUGUUUGGCUUGUUGGCCACGUUCUAUCUGGAUGGGAUGGUUCCAAUCCUCUCCCCAACCCCACAAACCUCUUUUACCAGAUUAUAGACCGCUACUCCCCUCACGUGAUUGCAAACAUCUUCUUUGGCCACACGCAUGAAGACCAGUUUAUGGUAUACUACGCAAACAAUGGCACCGUGCGAAAUGCUGGAACCGCCUUGACCACUGGCUGGAUUGGACCCAGUGUAACACCCCUAACAAAUCUCAACAGUGGUUUUAGGUUGUACGAAGUGGAUACGGGAGACUUCAACAUUUACGAAGCGUACACAUUCUUUAGCAACGUUUCUGACUUCAGCUCUCUUACGAAAACUGGCCCUGUCUAUCAGUUUGAAUACUCCACACGGGACACAUACGGCCCUGCGGCUGGAUGGGACCAGGAGGCUCCCCUGAAUGCAACUUUCUGGCACCGGGUUACCGAAGCCAUGGAAAGGGAGGGGGAUCUAGUCACCUUACAGAAUGAAUUGCAGGGCAGAAUGAGUGUCAAGAGUCCCGCGUGUACGACUCCGGAAUGCCACAAAGCCAAGAUAUGCUACAUGAGGAGUGGGAGUGUCGCGCUCGGCCGGCAAUGCACUCAAGGGUAUGGGUCUGUGCAGAGCGCGUUUAAGCCAUCUAAGAAGUGAAAGGCUUAUGUAUGUACAGUGUAUGUGACCAUACUAUGAUAUGGAUUUUCAUGAAAAACUACGGUAUGGUCGACUACUACAGACAUGCUCAGUGAUAAGACAAUGCCAAUGGUCAGAAAUGGUCAGAAAGACCAUCCGUACGUCAUCCCUUUCGAACUAGGG